AUGGGUUGGACCCUCCUCGAUGACAAGGAGGAAAAUGAGCUGCACAAGUCUCGACUGCUCAACGUCGAGGAGAAGCCGUUCAAGCGCGUGACUAAACGCCUAGGCAUGCUCCACAAGGUUGUGGUGUUUGAUGGCAUUAAGAGAGCACCGACUCCCCCACCUGAGAGCAACGACCCUGAGAAGGAGAAACAACCUACCGCCACGGAUCUGCCUCAGAUAAAAGAGAACGUCACCCUCGACUUCGCGGCCUUCGACAGCAGCAUUGCGCGCCUUCAGUUUCUGCUGACGGCUAACGAGCGCGAGCGUGAGCGCUAUGCUGCCGACCGAGACCGCAUCGCCAACACGUCGCAGUCCGUCCGCGAAAAUACGACUCAGCUGCGUCUCCAACUUGACCAAGCACGUGCAACCCUGGAACAGCGCAAGAAGUUUGACGAGCUUGCUGAUAAGAUCACGAUCAAUCCUUCACUGCGCCCGAGGAUGGAGCAAGCGGUGAAUCUGAGGAAACUUGAAGAAGAGAUUGCCGAACUCGAGGCUGAGAGCCAGACGUACGGGGUAACAUGGCGCGAGAGACGGGACCAGUUCGCUAAGAUCAUGGAUGAGAGCAUGCGGCUACGGCGUCUGAUCCGAGACGAGCAGGAGGAGGUGGAGCGCCGCGAGGGUAUGGACGACGGAGAGGCCGAGGUCGGACAGACGCCGAGACCGGGUCUGGUAAGCGGUAACGCUACGCCCCGGCCCGAUAGUGGCCUUCUACCUAAGGGUGGUGUUGAGAGCGGCGAGUCCGUAGGGACGCCGCGUCCACUGUCUACAACGGGUGGCCGCACUCCGCGCGACAGCCCAGCGCCUGGCCAGGACAGCCAGCAGCUACGCAGACAUCGGCCUGACCACCUUGCUGCGAGCAUAUCAUUUGCUGGCAGUCAAGCGCCCAGUCGAGAGGCUUCGGUAGACAGGGCAGACACCAAGACUGACCAGGGCGACGGAGAGGAUGUCGACAUGGGCGAGAUCGAUGACGACGACGACGAAGAGCCUGAUAGCCCCCUGACACCGCUCCCAGCAGAAGACAAUCCACAGAUAGUGAUCGACGGCGAUGAGUCUGGGGAAGAGGAUAAAAUGGAUACAACGUAG